ACGUCCAUUGGGAGUGUCUCUUUAAGAUUCUGAGGAGGUUUGGGUUUCCUGAUUUAUGGAUUGAUUGGAUGAAAAAGGCAGUGUGCUCCCCUCUCAUCUCUGUUCUGGUUAAUGAAGAAGCCUUUGGUUUUUUCCCAGCGUCUAAGGGUCUUCGUCAAGGAGAUCCCAUCUCCUCGGCACUUUUUGUCCUUGUGAUGGAUGUUCUAUCAUUCAUGCUAUCUAAGCUCAAAGCAGAAAACAAAAUCAACGGUUUUUUCAUGAAUGAGAGACUUCUGCAAGAUUGAACCAGGAAGUGGAGGCCAUAUCUCUUUCUGGUAUGACAACUGGACUUCGAACUCGAUUCUCGCUGUUGACUACCCAAGAGUUGUUGCUGUUGCUAUCGAACCUGCUGCUCGGAUCACAGACAUUGCCUCCUUCACUGAUACUGAGUCCUUGCAGGAUCAUUUGGAUACCAAAACCAGAAGAUGGAUUCUCCGUUAGCUCAGCCUAUGAUCAGCUUACAAAUGAGAAUCCCCACGGCUUCCAAGACUUUGAUGCAUCAACUAUUUGGAAGCCCUUCAUCCUUAGCAAAAUUUGUUUCUUUAUAUGGACUCUUUGGCUUAAAAAGAUCUACACGAUGGAUGUUAUUAAGAGAAGAGGAACACAGCUUGCAAACCGCUACACUCUUUGCUAUAAUGAAGAAGAAAACGCAGAUCAUCUCUUCACCAGAUGCGAGUACAUUCAAGACGCUUGGAAUAUUAUCAAGAGUAAAAAGAACUUCAUUGGCAACUUGCAAGGAGAUGUUUCUUCUGUCAUUGGCAACAGACCCUCCUUAUCACCCAGCAGCAUUGAUGAGUGGUUCAAUGUCAGUAUUCUUCAUGCUAUAUUCUGGUCAGUUUGGUUACAGAGGAAUUAGAGGUUAUUCAAAAAUACUGGUUCUACUGCCAUGAUCAUUGCUAGGAAAUCAGUCAGGAUGGUUGAAUAUUGGCUUACGGCUAAUCAUAAGAUCGACAAAGAGCAAGCUGCUUCUUGGCUUGCUGAGUUUCUACUUUAAUUUUUGUGUUUUAGCUGUCUGUUUUGUGUUUUUCAGCAGGGACGGUUCUGUCCGUCUAGCUGUCUCUUCUUUCUUCCUCGGCAGGAACGGUUUCCAGUCCGUUAAGCCUUUUUUUGCUUCUUUGUAAUUCUUCUUUUUCUCGUUUCUAUGUGUACUGUGUGGAAAUCAGGUUCUUCCCUCUUGAACCUGUUCUUCCCCUUUUUCGUUGUAUUUCUCCUUAUUUUUGCCUUUCAUUAAUUAAUAAAUGUCGCCAUUAUAAAAAAAAAAAAACAUAAAUAUAGCCAAGUACAAUAUGGUCUGAUCAAUAAUUAUUUAGAAAAUACCAACUCUAUUAUUAUAUAUUCAACUAUUCAAUCUAUGUUCAUGUUGUAUAAAUAUAAGUGUUUAGUUAUUUAACUCAAGAUCAUAUCCAACAAUGUCUAAAGAGAUUAAGAAGUUGAUUACGGUUAGUACACGAAUAUACUUUUUUAACUGAUCAAUUUAUUUUCGAUAACCCGUCGCAGAGCGCGGGUCAAUUUUCUAGUUUCAAUAUCCCCACGAAGUCGAUCGGAUGAUUACCUGCCAUUCAUUUCCGUGAUGGUAACCUGGUUCGGUGUCCAAAUCUCCUCCUGCUCUUCAAUAAUCUCCGCGACCUCCUGCAAGCUGCUCAUCCUGUAAUAAAAUGCUGGACGAUUUGGAGACGGCAAUUGGACUGAAUCAUUGUUGUAGAUCAUGGAGGCGACUUUCACCAUUGAAGGUCUAUCCCUUGGAUUCUCCUGCACGGAUAACAGACCUAUCUGAAUGCACUUCACUGCUUCGUUCUGGCAGAUGCUAUUGUUGUUGUUGUCGUCUAUCCCUAUGACUGAAUCCACUAACUCUGUUCCUCUUCCUUCUCUCCAUAGCUCCCAAGCCUACAUCAAGAAGAAAAGUAGUUUUAAAUUAUCGAGCAUUGGUUUUGCGACGAAAGUGGGGUACCCCUUUACAGUUCUUGUAACGAAAUACAUCGUCGGCAAGUAAUCUAAACUUUCCGCGACAAGAAGAAAUAGUGGUAAAUAUUCCCAUAUAUCUAGAGACCAAAUAACUUGGCAGCAAUAUCUAGCAAUUGUUCUACGACGAAAAAGUUUGUGCCGCAAAUAUCCUCGAAUCUUCUGCGACGACGUAGCGCGUCGCAUAAAGCUGAGAAAUUGUCGCAAAUUCAUCACCUCUCCAUGUCCGCGAAAAUUUAGAGUAUAGAAAUAAACUAAAUCCAUCACCAAAAAUUUUCCUAUCACAACAAACUUUGUUCGUCACA